AUGACCCUUUCCUUCUCUCUCUCUCUCUCAGUCAAUGCGCAUUCAUUCUUUUUGUUUUUCUUGUUCGGCUUUGACUUGACUGAUCUCUUUCUUAUUCUUUCUUUCUUUUUUCUUUCUUUCUUUCUUUCUUUCUUUCUUUCUUUCUAUUCCUUCGAUUUUUUUAAACUUAUUUCUUUUACACAUAAUUUUCUUCCUUUCCUUUUUCUUCUCUAUCGUCUUCUAACCUUUCUUCCUUUCUUUCUUUCUGUUUUCAUUCAUUCAUUCAUUCAUUCUUUCUUUCUUUCUGUCCUUCUUUCUUUUAUUUCUUCUUUCUUUUCUUUCUUCCUUACUUCGUUCGUUCGUUUCCUUCCUUCCUUCCUUCCUUCCUUUCCUUUCCUUUCCUUUCCUCCUUCCUUCCUUCCCUUCCAUUCCCUUUCCUUUCCUUUUCUCCUUCCUUCCUUCCUUCCUUCCUUCCUUCCUUCCUUCCUUCCUUCCUUUCCUUUCCUUUCCUUUCCUUUCCUCCUUCCUUCCUUCCCUUCCAUUCCCUUUCCUUUCCUUUUUCUCCUUCAUUCCUUCCUUCCUUCCUUCCUUCCUUCCUUCCUUCCUUCCUUCCUUCCUUUCCUUUCCUUUCCUUUCCUUUCCUCCUUCCUUCCUUCCCUUCCAUUCCCUUUCCUUUCCUUUUCUCCUUCCUUUCUUCCUUCCUUCCUUUCCUUUUUCUCCUUCCUUCCUUCCUUCCUUCCUUCCUUCCUUCCUUCCUUUCCUUUCCUUUCUUUUUUCCUUUCCUCCUUCCUUCCUUCCCUUCCAUUCCUUUCCUUUCCUUUCCUUUUCUCCUUCCUUCCUUCCUUCCUUCCUUCCUUCCUUCCUUCCUUCCUUCCUUCCUUCCUUUCCUUUCCUUUCCUUUCCUCCUUCCUUCCCUUCCUUCCAUUCCCUUUCCUUUCCUUUUCUCCUUCCUUUCUUCCUUCCUUCCUUUCUAACUUCCUUCCUUUUCCUUUCCUUCCUUCUUCCCCUUUCCCUUCCUUUCCUUUCCUUUCCUCUUUCCUUCCUUCCCCUCCAUUCCUUCCUUCCUUCCUUCCUUCCUUCCUUCCUUCCUUCCUUCCUUCCUUCCUUCCUGCCUGCCUGCUGUGUAUUUCUUUCUGUUUUCUUUCUUUUCUUAUGUUUCUUUCUUCUUUUUCGUUUCAUUUCUUUCUUUCUUUCUUUCUUUCUUUCUUUCUUUCUUUCUUUCAGUUUCGUUACAUCUUGUUCUUUCUUCCCAUCUUUCUUUCCUCUCUCUUAUUUUUAACUGUGUUGGUUGAUAGUUUGCCUUUUUCAUUUAUUUACUCUUUUCUUUCGUUCUUUCUUUCUUUCUUUCUUUCUUUCUUUCUUUCUUUCUUUCUUUCUUUCAGCUUUUCAUCUGACACCCGUGCCUCAUUCUUUGUUGACUAUUCUACUUUGUAUCUAUCUAUCUAUCUAUCUAUCUAUCUAUCUAUCUAUCUAUCUAUCUCAAUUAGAUCUUUAUCUAUCUAUCUAUCUAUCUAUCUAUCUAUCUAUCUCAAUUUGAUCAUUAUCUAUCCUUAUUUGAUCAUUUUAUGUCUAUCUAUCUCUCUUCCUCUAACUCUCUCUCCACACACACACACACAUAUCUAUCUAUCUAUCUAUCUAUCUAUCUAUCUAUCUAUCUAUCUAUCUAUCUAUAUAUAUAUAUAUAUAUAUAUAUACCUCGAUUUGAUCAUUAUCUAUCUACCUUGA